UAGCCGAGUCGCGCAGACGGCACGGCGAAGCCCCAACGAUGGCCGCCCUGCGACGGCCCGCUCCCCUACUGCUACUGCUUCUGCUGCUGGCCACCGUCCACAAUGGGCUCCAAGCGGCAGCGCAGGAGGUUGUCACUGACGCCGACCAGGACAAGCCUUACCUCGAGGACGUCCAGCUCAUCAGGAUCCACAUGCCCCUGAGAUCGCGGGACCGCAACGGUCCACUGUGCCCGUCGCCAGGGCAGGGGUGCCCCGCGGGCAUGGUUCUGGAGAGUCUGAGCGCUGCUGGAGCUGGCAAUAGCGGCGGCGGCGGCGGCGGCGGAGGCGGAGGCCAGGGCGGAGGCGGCCAGGGUGGAGGCGGCGGAGGCCAGGGCGGCGGAGGGCAGGGUGGAGGCGGGCAGGGCGGUGGAGGCCAGGGCGGUGGUGGAAGCGGUGGCCAAGGAGGCAAGGGAGGUGGUGGCAACGGAAGUGGCAACAAGGGCGGCGGUGGCAAGGGAGGCAAUGGCAAUGGUGGUGCUGGAGCCCUGAUCCGUCAGCUAGGCGGUGGCGGAUGCGUUCCCAACUCAACCACCACCACAACCACCACCACAACCACAACCACUACCACAACCACUACCACAACCCCUACCACCACCGCAGCACCAGAAGACACCACGAUUACCGGAGACGACGACGACACCACGACCACAACGGACACAGACCUCGAGACCACCACCCCUCCAGCCGACGAGGACACAUCCAACGUGUACCCGACGAACGAGAUCGUCAUCCCUGACGUCGCUACGCUGGAGGUCUUCUCCUCGAACGGCUCUAUCUUCAACAGCAGCGUCACCACGUUCGGCUUCGGCGGCGUGUACGAGGUGCUGGUCAACAGGACGGAUCGCUCGGUGGAGGUGACGCUCACCCGUCUGGAGGACGACCUUCUGGCCAUGGAGGAGCCGCCGCAGACCGUGGAUCUGGUCAUCAGGGGGCCCAGCAUCACCGACAUCGAUGGACCAGACGCGGAUGAUCAUGAUGAUGAAGUCGAUGACCAGUAUGCGUUGGAGAUGUAUGAUGACGAGGAUGAUGAUGAUGUUGACGAAGUUGACGAUAUGAUGAGUGAAGACAAGGACGGAGGAGACAACGUCGUCAUCGUGGAUGGACCGAUGGGAGCCCGCCGCGGCUGGCUGCAGGGACGAUCGCGUCGCGGCAGGAGCCGCUCCCGGUGGCCAAAGGGUCGCCGUCGCGCCGCUCGGCGCCGGGGCGGCCACCCCAUCUACAUCAACGGCACGGCACUGAGCGGAAACCAGCUGUGCAACAUCGCCUUCAACGUGUCCGGGGUGUUCCAGCUGAACCGGACGAUGUCGGCGCGCACCACGACCGUCAUAAUCACCCAGCUGAUCUCGACCUCGCCGUCGGAGAGGAUGGUCGGCCUGCUGGCAGAGAACGCAGACGUGGUCGACACCUCGGGUGGGGUGGCGCUAUCGACCAUCCUGAUCGUGCUGGCUGUCUGCGCCGGGUUCGUGCUGCUGGCGGCAAUCGUUGCGACUUUGAUCCGCAGCAACCGGCGCAACGCGGCCCUCCUCGACAGCGGCAUCAGGGGCUACGGCACCAUAGAGGGCCCGGAAGAUACGUGGCGCUACUACAACUCCUUCGAGUAGGUGGUGACGAGUGCUACUGCUGCCCUCUGAGGGAUGGUUAUUGGUUUGACCAGGUGCCAUAGCUGGGAGGGGUCGGAUACAAGACAGGGGGCUUGCUGUUCGGGGUGUGUCUCGGGAAGACCUUAGUAUGGUCAGUCUAGCUCUCCAUAUUGAUAAUGUCUGACUCUCGGGCAGUACGUGGACAGGAUCGAGGGCUAGUCAGAAAGCGCAGGCAGCUUACGAUCAGCGAUUGACAAGGGCGGUGCCUGCUUUUUGUUAGGACUCUGUUGAUGCCUACCGUAUCUACUCGUAUGUGUAGUGGGCUGUUUUUUCUUGGGCGUUACGUUCUAUGUGAAUUGUACGAUUUUUUUCUUAAGCGAUUGUACAUGCAUGCUAUGCUGCUGUGGGAACAAGUCAUUUAAGCCUCAUGACUCACUUGUGUCCAAGAAGUAUUCGAGCGCUAGGCGGACUUGCCCAAGGAACUAAACGUCACAAAGCAUGCGCGAACACUUGUUGAAUUACGUAAUAACCAAGCAGUCACGUCAACUAACCUAAGAUGAUCCCGGUGUAAGGGUUAUGGGGCUGUCUGGUCAACUCAUUCGCGUACCAUCUCGCUGUGAUGUAGUGCAAUGUAAUCCAUUCCAUAGGUAUUGUCACUGCUGUUCUGUAAGUAUAGGUAUCCGGCUGUCAGAAGCAUGACGCCGUCUAUUCGCCCAGGCGCUGUAUUCAUUAUGAAAUAAACUCUGAUUCCGUU